CACACAUUUGUCGGAGGGGGUGGGAGAAGGGGGAGGUUUGGGAGUACCCAAGACUCUCCAAAGCCCGUCUAGGUUUAAUUUGUUUUUUUUUUUUUUUAGAGGGCGGGCUGGAGCUUGGCUCUCGACUGCACACGGUGCUUUGCAGAGGGAGUGUAGCAGGGCGAGCACUUUUGAUGUCAUCUCCAGCAGCGCUGCACGCGGGGAUGUACGGCAUGAAGGCACAAAAAUGAACGGAGCAGCGGGGAUGAACACAUUUUUCUGACACCCGGAUCUGCGACAUGGACAUCAGUGGAUUUUGAUUCUCUACGCAAGCGGAUUAAUAUGACCGUAUCGCCACGUUGUCAACAGGCUCUCCUUCGAUUUGGGAAUAUUUAACACAAGCGAGGGUAUUUCCCAUGCAGGCGAGAAUCAUGCUCUGCAAAAUCUUUGCAUUGAUUGUCUUACAAGGUGUGUGGAGGUGUGAGGCGUGGGUCAUAUCCGAGGUCAAGCCCGGAGGUGUCUCAGGCCCCGGCACGGAGUUGACCUCCGGUGGAGUCGCGGCUCUUAACAAUGAGGCGUCGGAACCAAAGUCCAGAUCUAAGCGCUGCACCUGUUAUUCCUACAAGGAUAAGGAGUGCAUCUAUUACUGUCAUUUGGACAUCAUCUGGAUCAAUACGCCUGAACGCACGGUGCCCUAUGGAAUGUCAAGCUACCAAGGAGCUCAGCGGCUCCGGCGUGCCGUCGUUGGACAUCAGAGAGAGCGCGAGCAGACACACUCUCAGCGCUGCGUUUGCGCCUCCUUUGAUGCAGACCCAGAGUGUCAUAAAUUUUGUCAGCCAAGCUCCCCGCAGAGUGGACUAAACAGGAGUCUUCACAGAAACCCAGGGCCCGGCUGACAGUUGGACUCCUCCUAACAUCCUACUGUUUUCUCUAGGGAGCGGAACCUUCCCUCGUCUUCACACCCAUUAUUCUCUGUUUGGCACACUCAUCUUCACAGGUACACUCACAGUCAAGGAAAGAACUUUGGAGUUUGACACUGCCGACAUUCCUGAGCAUAAUAACUCUUGGAGCAAGUUCCAUCAAGUUGAGUGGUUUUAAGAACUCCAGCAAAUUCGAUACAGAUCCCUGGAGGCUAUCCUAUUGUUUCCCCCCCUCCUCAUCGGAGCGGCAAAAGGAUUACCUUCACCCUGAAAAUAUCCUGUGACCUUAUGCAAGGUUACUUCAGACUCUUUCUUUGUAUUCAUGCCUGCUAUCAUAUUGUGGACUACUCUGAGACUCCGAGCGACAGUAUAUCGACGUACAAAGACGACAUUUCUACGUACAGUAGAUGGUGGAUAACAGCCUGUGCUGAGUAGUGA